UGUUUUCUUUUUUCCAUGGAAUUCCCAUUUUUUCAUGGGAAGAUAACAAGAAAAGCCUGUGAAGAGCUGCUGAGCAAGAAGAAAAAGAAUGGCAGCUAUUUAAUACGAGAGAGUGAGAGCAUGGAAGGAGCCUUGUGUCUCUGUGUUUUCUUUGAGGACCUCAUCUACACUUACCGUAUCUUCAGGGAACACCAAGGACAUUUCAGAAUACAGACUUCUGAAGGUGUUCCAGAAAGGACCUUCAAAACAUUAAAGGACUUAAUAUACACUUUUGAAAAGCCAAACCAAGGACUGGUAAUAAACCUCCGCUAUCCAGUGAAGAAACCGAAGGACUUGCGAAGAAGCCAGAGGUGCAAGUCAGAAAUGGACAGCAUUUAUGAUGAAGUUGAUGACAGCGGUGAUUACGUCCAUGUCUUACCCUGAUGGAUCUGCUCCUGAUGGUUUGGGAAGCUGCCGUUCCA